AUGUAUGUGGGCUAUCUUUUGGAUAAGGACACUAACAUGUACCCUAACCCGGUCAGGCACCCCAGCCUGAACCUCAACCCCCAGAACUACGUGCCUGCGCCCCCUCAGUAUUCGGAUUUUGCCAGCUACCAUCACGUGCCAGGGAUUAACAGUGACCCACACCAUGGGCAGCCUGCGGGCGCCUGGGGCUCGCCAUACACACCCGCCAAGGAGGACUGGCAUUCGUACGGGCCUGGAGCCGCUUCUUCCGUCGCUAACCCGGGGCAGCUUGGAUUCAGCCCCACUGAUUUUAAUCCAAUUCAGCCUCCAGGCUCUGGACUCCUACCUCCACCCAUCAACAGCUCAGUGGCCCAGCUCUCCCCCAAUGCGCAAAGGCGCACCCCCUAUGAGUGGAUGAGGCGCAGCGUUCCAACCAGCAGCAGCGGUGGGGCGGGCAAGACCAGAACAAAAGACAAGUACCGGGUGGUGUAUACAGACCACCAGCGCCUGGAGCUGGAGAAGGAGUUCCACUACAGCCGCUACAUCACCAUCCGGCGGAAAGCGGAGCUGGCGGCCACGCUAGGGCUCACCGAACGGCAGGUGAAAAUCUGGUUCCAGAACCGGAGAGCCAAGGAGAGGAAGGUGAACAAGAAGAAGAUGCAGCAGCAGACGCAACCCACAAGCACCACCACUCCCACUCCACCGGCCGUUGGCACCCCGGGUCCCAUUGGUGGCAUCUGCAGCAGCACCACCAACCUGGUCUCCUCUUCCCCAAUGACUAUCAAAGAAGAAUUCAUGCCUUAA